CGCUCCUCAGCCCGCGCGGCGCGGGCGCGGCAUGAGCAGCAGCGGCACCGGCAGCGCCCGCAGCCCCUGAGCGCCCCGCACCGCCCGCGCCCCCCGCCAUGGAGCGCAUCCCCAGCGCGCAGCCCCCGCCCGGCUGCCUGGGCAAGCUGCCCGCCCUGGAGAGCGGAGACCUGCCGGGGCUGGACUUCGCGCACAUGUACCAGGUGUACAAGCCCCGGAGGGGCUUAAAGAGGAGCGAGGACAACAAGGAGACCUACAAGCUGCCGCACCGGCUGAUCGAGAAGAAGAGGCGCGACAGGAUCAACGAGUGCAUCGCGCAGCUGAAGGACCUGCUGCCCGAGCACCUCAAGCUGACGACUCUAGGGCACCUGGAGAAGGCUGUGGUUCUGGAGCUCACCUUGAAGCACGUGAAGGCACUGACCAAUCUUAUCGAGCAGCAGCAGCAGAAGAUCAUCGCUUUGCAGAGCGGUUUGCAGGCGGGUGACCUGUCAUCGAGAAACCUUGAUUCCAGCCAGGAAAUGUUUCGAUCCGGUUUCCAGAUGUGUGCCAAGGAAAUGCUGCAAUACCUGGCAAAGCACGAGAACGGCAAGGAGCUGAAGUCGUCGCAGCUGGUCAGCCACCUGCACCGGAUGGCCAGCGAGGUGCUGCAGGGCGGGGCCGCCCGCAAGGCCGGGGACAUCCCUCCCAAAAUGGACUUGAAGGAGAAGCCGGCGCCCCUGGGCGAGGGCCACGGGAAGAACUGCGUGCCCGUGAUCCAGCGGACAUUCGCUCACUCCAGCGGGGAGCAGAGCGGCAGCGACACGGACACGGACAGCGGGUACGGGGGAGAGCUGGAGAAAAGCGACUCCAAACCGGAGCAGCCCUAUUUCAAAAAGGAUACCGACCUCAAGUACGCUGUCCAGGAGAGAAUAAGCUCUAUUAAGCAAGAGACUGAGGACCCGCCGGCCAAAAGGAGCAGGCUGGAGUCGCCGCAGGACGAGGGCCCUUUUGGCAGUGACAUGAUGGGCUCUCCCAGCAGCUUCCUGGGCCCCCACGCUCACCAGCCUCCCCUGUGCCUGCCUUUCUACCUGAUCCCGCCGUCCGCCACCGCCUACCUGCCCAUGCUGGAGAAGUGCUGGUACCCAGCCUCAGUUCCUGUGCUGUACCCCAGCCUGCCGGCCUCUGCCGCAGCACUGACGGGCUUCAUGAACCCCGACAAAAUCUCCCCCCCUCUGCUGAUGCCCCAGAGACUCCCUUCUCCUGUACCGGCCCAUUCCCCCAUCGACUCCUCCGCUCUGCUUCAAGCUUUGAAGCAGAUUCCUCCUUUGAACUUGGAAACCAAAGACUGAGCGCAGUGUGACUGGUUUUUCUCUUUUUUUUUCUUUUGUUUUUUUGGUUUUUUUUUUUUUUUUAGUUUGAGAGACUGUUUCACUUUUAUAUAUUGGCUGGACUGAGGUGUGGGGAUGAGGUUCACUGUGUGUAGGAAGCUAAACCCCUUUUUCUCUGACUUGUCAGGUAGCUUGGAGAAGGAUGAAGGAUGCGCCCAAGUUAGCGAUUGACAACUACUUCCAAAAGAUUAAAGAAGGGUUUUGUGCUUGGCCCCUUCCCUUCUUCCCUCUCCACAUCUACAGAGUGGCAGUUGACUCGGUCAGCUGCGAAUCUAUUGCAAAGCUGUGAAGAAAUAUUCCAUUGGGCAGACCUGGUUUGAGGGUCUGCGAAUACAAAAUACGUGAACAUAAACCACGGUACUUCCCCGAGCGGCUCUGGAGGCAAUGGCCCUGCUGGCUCAUCUGAGCUGGACUGGUGCCCCAGUGACCCCGAGCGUGGGGGGGUGGUGGUGGCAAUGCCACCGUGGGCACAGGAGGAGCAGGGCAGCGGUCACUUCAGGGGUAGCAAUGUCACCAGGAGGAGCAGGGCAGUGGCCACUGUGAGGUGGUGGCAGUGGUGGCAAUGCCACCGUGGGCACAGGAGGAGCAGGGCAGUGGUCACUGGUGGUGGUGGCAGUGGUGGCAAUGCCACCGUGGGCACAGGAGGAGCAGGGCAGUGGUCACUGGUGGUGGUGGCAGUGGUGGCAAUGCCACCGUGGGCACAGGAGGAGCAGGGCAGUGGUCACUGGUGGUGGUGGCAGUGGUGGCAAUGCCACCGUGGGCACAGGAGGAGCAGGGCAGUGGUCACUGGUGGUGGUGGCAGUGGUGGCAAUGCCACCGUGGGCACAGGAGGAGCAGGGCAGUGGUCACUGGUGGUGGUGGCAAUGCCACUGUGGGCACAGGAGGAGCAGGGCAGUGGUCACUGGUGGUGGUGGCAAUGCCACCAUGGGCACAGGAGGAGCAGGGCAGUGGUCACUGGUGGUGGUGGCAAUGCCACUGUGGGCACAGGAGGAGCAGGGCAGUGGUCACUGGUGGUGGUGGCAAUGCCACCGUGGGCACAGGAGGAGCAGGGCAGCGGUCACUGCCUGGUCACACACAGGUCAGGCAGACCUAAGAUGGGUUUCUCUCCACACCUUUGCUGAUACAUAGACUUUUUUUUUAAGAAAUAAAAGGUAGCUGCUGCUUGGAGCUUUCCAUGGCGUUCAUCUAAUAAAUAAAUUAACCUGCGCCCUUCCUGUAACUUGAGCUGCUACGUUGGGCCGGGUCGGGAGGAGCUGUCCCUGGGAUCGCGGGUCGGGAGGAGCUGUCCCUGGGAUCGCGGGUCGGGAGGAGCUGUCCCUGGGAUCGCGGGUCGGGAGGAGCUGUCCCUGGGAUGGCUUCGCUGGUGGCACCGGCUCCAGCCUCUCCCCGGCUGCCCUGGCCGCUCCCUGGGCAAUCGCCGCGGCUUUCCCCGGCCGGGCGGGUCGGGCUCUGGCCGGAGGGAGCCGGCAGCGCCAUCCCUGCUGAGCGUGCCCCUGUCAGUGCCUUUGGAGAAUGACGAGGCUCAAAGGAGCCCGAUCCCGGCAGGGUUUGAGCAUCUGGAUUCCUCCUGGCACACCUGGCUCACAUCCCCGUGUUAAGGAGAGAGGGGUCGGGUGGUGACACUUGUCCUGUAAACUGCAAGGGGCUUUCUCCACAGAGGAACAUCCUCUCCAGUUCAGCUUCUUUUUAAUUAAAAACCCCCGAACGUCACUGCUAAAGGCAGUGCUCUUUGGUGGUUUUUUUCUUACUGGUUUUGAGAACUGGUGAGCAGAACCCCUGUCUGGAUCCUCAUGUCGCCCUCCCGUUGCACCAGCUGUUGAGAUGCACUAUGCUUGAUUGCAGAUUGUGUUCUAACGUUUAUUUUGUUGUUGGUUUUUUGGGUUUUUUUUGGUAUACAGUUGUUGCCUUUAUUUGUAAAAUCCUGUUAUAAAUAUAUAUAUAUAUUAUAUAAAUAUAUUAAAAGUUAAAACGUUUCAGAUGUCUAUUAUUUGUAUAACUACUUGAGCAUAAAGAAGUGAGAAAUAUGAAUGUAUUCUUGUUUCUGGGUUGUCUUUUUUUUUUUUUUUUUGAAGAGAAAUAUUCCGUUUUUCUCUCGGGAGAGGUACAGUGUUUAUAUUUUGGAGCUGCCUUCAAGGUGGGAUAUUGUACAUAUUUUUAUCUUGAGUAAAUGUUAAGUAGCUGUUUAAAAAUGCUUAAUAAAAUAAUUCUUUUCCUGUGGAAGAUAA